AUGUUUUCAACCAUUGGGAGUGGGAGACCGACUACCAGCUUCAUUCUAAAUGUUCUGUUGGAAGAAGUGAAGUCGAAUGGUGUAGCAUCCUCUGCUACUUCCAGAGCCAUUUGUGAGGCAACACGAGAUGACCCUCAUGACACUGGAGGCUUUGUGAAGUUUAUAUUAAUAGAAGGGCCUAAGGAAAUGAUGUCUCGUCGAGGCAGAGGAACUACUCAUGUAUGGACUCAAGAAGAAGAUUCAACCUUGAUAAUAUCAAUGAAACAAUAUUACGCUGUGUACGAUGUGAGAAAUAAUGGAGAAUUGAGUGGUUUUGGCUGGGAUGAUGAGAAAAAAUGUCUUACAACAAGUGGAGGUGUGUGGAAAACAUAUUUAGAGGCUAAUCCAGAAGACUCAUUUUUAAAAAACAAGCCAUGUCUUUACCAUGAUCAAUUAGCUAUUGUUUCGGGUAAAGAUAGGGCCACAUGGAUUAAUGUUGAAGCUCCAACAGAUGUGAUUGGGAACUUGGAAAGAGAAGAAAACAUCAAUCAAGAGCAUGAAUGGUCUGAUGAGGACGAAAAUUAUGCCGAGCCCACAGCAGCUAAAAAUCAAGGCGAGGAAACUUCCAAAACACCGGAAAAAAGAAAAGAGGAGAAGUGCAGAUGGUUUGAUAUUGUGUUUGGAGGACAUAGGUGA